GGGGCUGCUGAGCGAGGCGAGGGGCGGCCUCCCCCUCCCGGCCGGAGGCAGGGCGGUGGCGGGGGCGAGGCGGAGCGGCGGGGAAGGCAGGCCGGCAGCCGGAGCGGGCGUGUGAGCCCCAUGGGCCGAGCGCCUGCGAGAGGGGGAGGAGGAGCCGCCCCGCCGCCCGCCGCCCGGGGAUGGUGAGGAGGCGGCUGCUGCCGAGAGCCCAGUGAGGCCUUCGCUCGGCACCCGCCGGAGAGCCCGCCUCGCCAGCCUCCCCCUUCCUCCCGCUCGCUGGCUCGCUCCCCCUUCCCUCCCCUUCCCCUGCCUCCUUCCCCGGCUCCCUUCCCCUGCCGCCGCCACCCUCCCAUCACCUCCUCCCAGGCUCCAGCCAUAAAUAGCUGAGGAGGAGAAAAACAGAAAAGAAACUUCCAUCCCUUUUGUGGAGCCUCCUACGGGAGUUCAGGAAUAUCAGCGGAGUGAUCUUUGGGCAUAAACUGGUUUUUCAAGAGACAUUCCUGCCAUUAUGAAUGAAGUAGCAAUAGUGAAGGAAGGGUGGCUUCACAAACGAGGAGAAUACAUAAAAACAUGGAGGCCACGGUACUUUCUUCUAAAGAACGAUGGCACGUUCAUUGGCUACAAGGAACGACCGCAGGAUGUUGACCAGCGAGAAUCGCCUUUAAAUAACUUCUCAGUAGCUCAGUGCCAGCUGAUGAAGACAGAACGACCUAAACCAAACACAUUUAUCAUUAGAUGCCUCCAGUGGACCACAGUAAUUGAAAGAACAUUUCAUGUGGAGACUCCAGAGGAGCGGGAAGAAUGGACAAAAGCCAUCCAAACAGUAGCAGACAGCCUCAAGAAACAAGAGGAAGAGAUGAUGGAUUUUAGAUCUGGCUCUCCUAGUGAUAAUUCAGGUGCUGAAGAAAUGGAAGUUUCUAUGACAAAGCCAAAACAUAAAGUGACCAUGAAUGAGUUUGAAUACCUUAAACUACUGGGAAAAGGCACUUUUGGAAAGGUCAUUUUAGUUAAAGAAAAAGCAACUGGACGGUAUUAUGCUAUGAAAAUUCUGAAGAAGGAAGUUAUUGUAGCAAAGGAUGAAGUAGCGCACACGCUGACAGAAAACCGUGUCUUACAGAACUCGCGGCAUCCAUUCUUAACAGCUUUAAAGUAUUCCUUCCAGACACAUGAUCGCUUGUGUUUUGUCAUGGAGUAUGCUAAUGGAGGGGAGUUGUUUUUCCAUCUGUCAAGAGAGCGUGUCUUUUCUGAAGACCGGGCCCGGUUUUAUGGAGCUGAGAUAGUUUCAGCACUGGAUUACCUGCAUUCAGAGAAGAAUGUGGUUUAUAGAGAUUUGAAGUUGGAAAAUCUUAUGCUGGACAAAGAUGGACAUAUAAAAAUAACAGACUUUGGACUAUGUAAAGAGGGCAUCAAAGAUGGAGCAACAAUGAAGACUUUCUGUGGCACUCCAGAGUAUCUUGCACCAGAGGUGCUGGAAGAUAAUGACUAUGGUCGUGCAGUGGACUGGUGGGGUUUGGGAGUUGUGAUGUAUGAAAUGAUGUGUGGCCGGCUCCCUUUCUACAAUCAGGACCACGAAAAGCUCUUUGAACUCAUCCUUAUGGAGGAGAUUAGAUUUCCACGCACUUUGUCACCUGAAGCAAAAUCUCUCUUGUCGGGUUUGCUGAAGAAAGAUCCUAAGCAGAGGUUAGGUGGCGGUCCGGAUGAUGCCAAGGAGAUUAUGCAGCACAAAUUCUUUGCUGGCAUUGUUUGGCAAGAUGUAUACGAGAAAAAGCUUGUACCUCCAUUUAAGCCACAAGUUACAUCUGAAACAGAUACAAGAUACUUUGAUGAAGAAUUUACAGCACAGAUGAUAACAAUCACUCCUCCUGACCAAGAUGACAGCAUGGAUUGUGUAGAUAACGAGAGAAGACCUCAUUUUCCUCAGUUCUCCUAUUCAGCCAGUGGAACCGCUUAAUGUUUUGCAAUGUUUUCCCAUUCAGAAACAAAACAGACUGCAUUUUGGGGACCGUACUUCAAUGGACACUAGAGAACUUUCUAUAUUAUCUGAAUUACAAACUGUGUUUGUAUUACGAUUUAGAUGAAUUUGUAGGAAGCUUCACAGAUUCUGUAUUUAAAACAAUUCUUUGAUGCAUUUUUUGAGAAGGAAAACAAAUCCAUUCUUAAAGUAUUACGUCAAGGCUUUUAUGCUGAAUGACUAUAGGUUUUUAAGAAUAUACACCAAAACUGUUUACUUUAGAAAUAAUUAAGGUAUUCAACAUAUCAACAACUCUGACCAGAAAAUCCCCUUACUUUAUUUAUUUCAUACAGUUCAUUAUCUAAAUAUAGAAUCUGCACUCUGAACAAUUAGAUUUAUAUAGGAAGAUAUAAGACUUUAGUAGCUAGUGCAAUAAUAUAAGCAACAAAGUGAACAAACUCUGGAGGGUUAAGGUUCAAACUCAUUUUGGACAGCAGUGAAAAUGUCAUCCAACUCCAGAAAACCAACUUUAGGAACAGCAUUAAUGGCCUCAGUGAGGUAAAUCAAAAAGCAAAAGUUAUUUUUGUUAUAACAUCUGCUACAAGACAUUACAUAUCAAACUGAAUCCAGUGGAAUUGCCACAUAGUACAGCUGAGUAUUCCAUUCUAGACAGUGCAUUUAUUCCAUUUGCAUAGUAUUUAGGAAUACUUUGUAGGAUUGGCUUCUCAGAUCCUAGAAAACACUUGAUUAACCAAUAUAAUAUGAAAUGCAACAAUGCAAAAUCACCCACUUUCACAACUGUAUAAAAAUGCCACCCAGGGCUCAAUGAGAAAUCAUCUUAACAAGUGAGUCAGUCAGGCAAAAGGACAUUUUGGCACUGAAGUAAUGACUUGUUGCCGCAUUUUUUUUUUAAUUUUUUUUUUAUGAAAAGAUAUAUGAAUAUAUAUAAACACUUAAUGAUUUUUUUGCAUCAUGCCAGAUCAUUUCUUCUUUCUUGAGUGUGCAUUAAAGGUAUCAGCUGACAGUUCAUGAUGCCUUCUCACUCUUGAAGAUUCACUUUAACAGUGUUUCCCAUGUAUAAGAAAAAAACUAGGUUGAAACUUCAUAUGUGUUUGAAUAAUAAUGGUGUUCAAAAGUGACUUUUUUUUGUUUUGUUUUUAAUUUUUAAUCUUAGUGGAAAAUUCCCCACACCCUAUUUUUGUUGUAUCAUGUUUCUUUGUAAUUUUCAUAAAAGCAGUCUUACUCUGCCUCUGCUGUGAAUGAAUUUAUUCCAUUGUAGGUUGCGUUCUCUUAACUUGCCUUUUCUUUUUCAUUCUCUUGCGUGUAUAAAAAUGAUGACAUGUACUGCAGUUAACUAGCAUUUAUUUUUUUUUACCUGAAAGGGAGUAUGUUAUGAAACCCCGCACUUCCCCUUUCCAUCAAGAAACUGCUGUGGUUGCACAGAGACCCAAUCACCUUGACUCUUUUUUUUUUAGUAACAUUCAACUCUAGUAUUUUUACUCAUUAUAUGAAAGUUUCCCUCAAAAUACUUAAAUAAAAAUCGCUCUAACAAGUUAGGUUCAUAUUUCUUGUGGUAGGAGCCUUCUGAAUCUGUAGAAAUGCAAGAACUGCUCCAGUUUCUUGAGUUUGAUGUGCCUGUCACUGAGGGAUUUUUUUUGAGGGAUUUAGGCUUUCUGCCCCUCCUCAGUUGUUUCAUCUCUGUGCUGAUCAUUAUGCAAAGAUAAUUUUGGAAAAUGUUUGUUAAAAGAAAUACAGCCUGUACCAGAAGUAGUUUUGUCUUGAGGUGAAUGAGGACAGGCCUCAUUUUGCUGCUCCCUGAUGCCAGUGAGAUUGUGUUACUGAGGCCCUAAUCUUCAAAGGUAUUUCUAUUUCAGUCAUUUGGGCCAGUGUACAAUAUAUAAUACUGUGCUUCCUUUCUAGGGACUAGUAUGAAUUGAUUCUAGGAGGUAGUUAUACAAGGCUGGAAUAUCCUUUUUCGAACAAGAAUACAGAGAAGGAUAAAAAAGCAUCCAAGAACAACUGCAGUGUGCUUCAAACUAAGCACAGAUGUUGUUGCAACACUAGUAAGCCAUUAAACAUCCAAAACAUAUUUUUUGGUUCAGGGAAUAUGCUGUAAUUCCCAGUACAAUUUACUGCACAUUUAUGCAAGGAGGGAAGGUGAAAGAAGGGAUCUGUGUCUCUGUAUGAUGCUGGACAGCCUAUCCCAUUCUGCAGGUCUGACCUAACUGCACUCCUUCAUUUGCUUCCAAGCCUUCAUCUGACUUUCCAGCCAGCCCAGGGAUGAAGUCCAAAGAGCUCUUCUUCAGAUCUACAUGCCCUGACAAGUUCUGAACUAAGACACUUCAUGCAUCCAAAUAUAGGCAACAUGAGUGAGCAAAGGUUACCAUUAAUCUGCUCCAGGAAAAUCUGGUCUUUCAAAUGCGGGGACAUAGAUCGGGUUGUUCUGUUCAGAUUGAUGAUGUCUCAGAACAGCGUUUUUCUGCCAGUUGUUGCUAAUGGAUUCUUGUUUUAAUUCCCACAUAUAAAAUUGAACUUCAUAAAAAAAAAAAUAAAUGCAGCAGUCAAGUCUGGGAAUCAGUAUUGUUAGCAAGAGAGCUGUAAGGGCACACCUGAAUGCAGGGUCUUCAGGUCUUCUGGCUAUUUUCCCCCAUUUUACCUGUAACUGUUCAAAAGGCUCUGCCUAUUGUCUAUAAUUGAAUGAUUACUGGUGUUAUAGCUACUACCUGCAGGCAUAAAACUUGUUCUUCAAAUUUAGAUUUGGCACAGAAAUAUUAACCCAAAAGUUAGUGACCCGAGUGUUGAUCACUUCAGAUUGACUUUGUACCAUAUAUGCAGAGGCUGCUUAAAUCUUUCUGCUUCUUCAGCUCUUUUAUUUGAAAACCCAAAACCUUUUUAACUGUCUGUAGAGCUAAAACCUCCUCAGUCUUUCUUUUGGCACUGAAAAAUGUCACCUUGCUCUAGCAUUUGAACAUUGCAGCAAAGAUGGUGUGGCCCAAGUGUAGAACAGUGGUAGUACACGUAUGGUGCAGCCCAGGAACUUGUUUGUAAACUUGGACUGAGAGAAGAAUAGGAAAAAAAAAAAGCCACCAUUGGAAGAGCAAAUAAAUACAAAGAGUUCUUUGUGUGCCUCUGACUUCAGUCGGAAGAUGAGGUCAGCUCAACAUUGGUUGAAACAGGUAUAUGCUGCUGCUUGUGGUGUAUGGGGUUAAGAGACAUUGUCAGAAGGCAGGUAAUUCUGCAAAUUCCAUUUUACAUUGUCUGUUACUAAAACAUCUAGUCCAAUCCCAUUAGGAUAUGGCAGGCUGUUCUCCUUACCAUGGAUUAUAGCAUUCCUAACUGCACAAAUUGUGACCUCUCACCCCCCACGGUAAAAUAAACUGUUCUUCAUUUUACCCUCUGUGGCAUCACCCCUCAGGCAGGUGACCUCCAUGUGCUCUCCAGCUGCUAUACUGCUCUCAUGCAGGCCUUAAAAAUCCCGGCUGCUGUUUGUAUUCUUUCCCAGUUUUCCUCUGAGAAACAAAUGGCAGUAGUUUCUGGAGGUUUGAGGGCAACAUCUUCCUGUGAUUGUUUGAUUUAGAUGAUCUUUGCUUCAAGUGGGAUGAAUUUUUGUCUGCUACUUUGAUUGCUUAUGUGCAUUUAAAUGCUCAGUAUGAGAGCACUGUAUUCUUCAUAUUUCUGCUUGUUUGUGGGUUUUUUAAAAUCUUUGUCAGAGAGAAUACUCUGCUUUUUAGAACAAAUAUGCUAAGUCAGAUUUUUAUUUCCAGGAACAGGAUUUAGGAUAGUGGUCCCAAUGGCAGGUCACAACCGGUAUUGGGAAUGCAAACUCCAAGGAGAUGGAGUUGCAGAAGAGAAGUCCUUUCCAAUCCUAACUAUUCUAUGAUUCUGUAUGUAAAACACCUGUGGGAGUUGAGUGGGUUUCUGCCUGAGAACUUUGGGAAAUGAUAAUUCAGGAGGAAGGUUUGAUUUAUUUUGCUGUAUCUAAAAGCUUCGGAGGUGAAAGCGCAUUCAAAGAAAUGGAUGAAUGUAAAAGGAUCUUGUUUCUUUGGUAUUGUAAAUUUGUGUGUUUGUCUUCCAUGUUAGCUCGAUUUUUUUUAAUAACAGGGAGGUUAAUUGCUACUAGAAAUGAGAAGAACACACAGUGCCUAUAGCAAACAGGAGCUUAUUAUCCUCGAUGCAGCUGAGUGUACAGACGUUUGGUAGCUGUCUAAUGGAACAUAUGUUGCAUUCUAAUCAGGUGAUGACUAGUUGCUCUCUGUCUGAAAUAAUUUUAAACAAAACCAUUUUGUUACACUAGUCCCUGUGUGCUACUUCUUUCCCUUUAUUCAAUAAUUUUAACUUUUAUAACUGCUGGCUGCCAUCCUGGGUUGUGAGCAUGGUGGGUUCAUUCUUGAGGACCAGAUCAAGGACUUUCUAUGUGAAAACACUACAUCCCUCUGGUUUUUCAGCAACCUUAUUGGCUGGUUCUCAAUUUCUCCUUCACUGAAGCACAGCCUCGUGUGUUUGUCUGCCUGUUACUGCUCACUACCUGUGUCUCUAGAGAUGGACUUUCUGAACUUCUUCCCAGGUUUAAUGUAACUCCCGUCUAUGCUGAGAUUCCAUUUUUAUGUUUUUUUCCACAUUGUUCCUUCAUGUCUUCAGUUAUAUACCGUUAACUACUUGUAUUUUGCAUCUUUGUCAGGUUUUUGAGUUUAUUUCAAGAAGAUGAUGACAACACAGGUGGCAGCUGCUGUGUCUCUGAAUUCUGGGGGUCUCUCAAGUUCUGUAUGUUUUGAAAAUAAUGCAUAAUCUUUCACCCUACAGAAGAUGUAAUUGUUUGAUACAAGAACGAAAGUUCUUCACAGAAACAGGAGCCACAAUUCCUACCCCAAAUGUUGUGAUCUUUAGUUAUUCAUAAACUCUACCAUAUCUAUUUCCUUGCCUGAUUGUGUUCUUACAGUACUGAUGCUGUUAGCUAGAGAACUGUUGUGUAAUACUGAGAAAACUUCUGUUGGAACAAAAAAUAGUGAUUGUGAUCUUCAGCAGUGCCUGGGAAAUCAUUGAAAUCAGAUUAAAAUUAUCAUAAAAUA